AUGGCCGAACCAACUACCCUCGAUGCGCUGCAGGCAUUCCACCGCGAUCUGGCCGCGGUCCGUGAUGGUCGCCCUGAAGGCGCCGAUUCCCUGGACAACCCCGUAAUCCAGGCUAUUUUCGAACGGGAGCUCGAGAGAGUUUGGCAGAGACCUCCAAGAGACGAAAAGAGCCGGAAUCAGUUCAAGUCUGGCAAGAUCGUAAUUGACGACGAGGAAUACUCUAUCAAUGAAAAUUUCCAGCAGAUCGUUUUUAACCUCGCCGACGAAGCCGAAAUCAACGAAAUCGAGGCCGCGCGAUACGUCCUUGAAGCUGAGGAAGAUCCCUCCGUCAUUGGCCGCUCACUCCUCGAAUGCGGAUUAAUACGAGUGCAUCAACAGCGCAAAUAUGUCCUUGACUGCGUCAGAUUGAUGCUGGAGAUUGAUGGCUUGGACGAGGAUGACUUCGACGCCGAGAUACUGAACGCGGUGCAGCUGUACCUGUCGGCUGCCGUGUUCCAGAACUUACCGGGUGAAACCGCAUCUUCGCAGAAGAGACUGCUUCCGAGAUGCAUGUCAGCGAUGCAAGACGUCAGGGGAUGGCUUCAGAAGAUUGCCGACAAGAUGACCGCUGCGGCUGUGCUCAUCAAUGGGCAAGGAGGCCAAGUCCCGGAAGAGAUGGAGACAAUCGAGUUUUCUCGCGUCAGUCUGUAUCAGCAGCAUGAGCUUCUCGCCAUUAUUCUGUGUCGAGCAAUUGAGAAACGGGAGGCCGAGGUCAAUGAUUUCAAGUCGUUCUUGCAGCAUCUGAAAAAUGCCGACAAAUAUGAUGUUCUCUUGGCACACUUCUUCCCGGCCCUGGGCGCAUACAUCACACUUUACGGCUCUACCGAGGGCGUAUCUAACCUGACCAUGGCGAGACAGCUUCAUCCGCUCAUUACCGAUGAAAGUCCCUGGCGUUUGGUCUACCUCCAGGCGGCGGUCAAGGCUUGGUGGCUAUCUGAGUACAGUGGAUGGUAUCUCGACGACUCGCUGCUUGGCGGUUUAGAAGGCGUGGAUCUCGAUCAAGAGGAUAGACAAAGAUCCAAGCAGUUUCUCGAAGCACUGAAAGAUGGUGCAUUCGACUUCAUUCUCUCCAUCGCAGCAGACAUCAAGACACCCGAAUGGGUUGACCCAUCGCGCAUAACCAUGCGCAACUGGCUCCAACGGAAGGCACCGCCGCUGAUUUCGGAAUCGAUUCUUUUCUCCGACUUUUUCCAGCAAUGCUUGAUGGCUCAACUCGAAGUCUUUGUUGAUGCUUUCAUUUCUAACCUCCCCGACGUACUGCGGAAGCUCCGCAUAGAAGAGGAUGAACAACGCCAGCUCAGCCAAAGCCACGAGCAGGACUUGGACUUGGAACGGUUCUUGGUCAUCAUAGCGUACGCCUACGAGGGGCGCCCUGAUGCGGCGAUGAGCUUUUGGUCGGACCCUGACAGCAAUCUGGCGGGCUUUAUGCACUGGGCAUCGCGUAGGGCCUCCACGCCGCUCGUCAGUUCAUUUUGUGAGAUGCUGCAAGCCAUUUCUAGCAACGACGACUGCGCGACUGCUGCUCAUGAAUUUUUGCUUGACGAGGGCCACCACGCAUCUGGCAAAAUGAGAAGGUCACAGUCCCUUACAUGGCAACAAAUUUUCAGAGAGCUUGUGUUCUUCGCGAAUAAGAUCAGAGAAAAGGCGCAUACACCGCAGAUUUCGUCAACAUAUCGACCAGGUCGUCCCAGUAGCGACCAGGCCGAGGCUGAGCCAGAAUCCACGAUGAUGUUGCAAUCUUACCUGCGACUGAUCACCAAGCUUGCGUCGGAGAGCGAGACUGCAAGACAAUUCCUUUUGAAAGAGCCGAGCUUCAAUCUCGUUGAGAUGCUGUUCCAGCUGGCCAGCAGUCCUGUUCCCGCUGAUUUACGAGCAGGCACCUUCAUGGCUCUUCGUGCACUCAUCACGCGGAAGACUCAGGAAGAAGCUAACAUCAUGUGGCAAUGCUUAGAAGCUUGGAUGAACGGCGGUUACAUCGUGACUGCUGUUCAACAUAGGUCACCACAAAGCUCGCCUGUGGUAUCGAUGGAAACCGUCAGCGACGAUAUUUGCCACGGCUUCGAAGAGCCCCACGCAUUUAUCCAGCUCCUGAUUGCGCUUGUUACCCCGCCCGAGGACAGUAGCUCUCUAAAUGAUGGCUUGCCUUUCCCCGAGAACCUAGGCUCAGCCAACCGCAUGCCCGGUAUCGAAAUUUACGUCGACACGGUACUAGGCAAGGUGUUCGCUAACAAGGCCAACGAAGUAAACGACACCAACCAGCUGAGGAUGCUCCGUCUGAGUUGUCUUGAAUUUGCGGCAACCUGCCUGUCGACUUUCAACGAGAACCUCAUCGUUAUCGCCAAUGAGACGAACAUCCCCAUUGACUCUGCGAUGGCGGCAACGGAUCUGGCAACGUACGUCAAGUUGCACCCUUUCGCUCGCGUCAUGGAAUGGAUGUUCAAUGAUAAGGUCAUUAACGCUCUUUACCAAACUAUCCACCAAGAUGCUGUGGACGUUGGUAAUGCGACGCCAGAUUCGCCCGUCAUCCUGGGCAUUCUGAGAGCCGUGGAUGUCAUCUCAAAGGUCUUGGACCUCCAGGCAACUUUCCUAGAUCUUGUGCGGCCAAUCAUCAAGAUGCAGUCUAAUCACCGCCGCCCACCUGUCGCGAAUGCCGCCUACGCAUCUUUCGAAGACGGGCUCGUCGGACAUCUGGGUCUCGUGGUUGAUCUCGGAAGCUACUGCGGGCUCGGGCACCCCGACCUGACUUUGGCAUGCUUGAAGCUCCUGGAAAAGAUGACUGCUUCCUUCAAGAUGACCUCUGCGUGGUCGUCUAGCCCUGGCCGCAAUAAUCAUCGCAACAAGGCCAUCGUCGCCAUGGAGGCCAACGGAGAGCACGAAGCCAUUUCCCGGUCUCUUGCGGCAGAGCUGACGGCGCCGCUCGACUUGGGACGCGAAGCAGAAUCGCCCACUUACCUAACCAAAUCUUAUAUUCUCGAUUUUCUCUUUAGCUGCCUUGCAGCAAGCCCGAAUAAGCCAACGAUUGCUCACCUCCUGCUGGGCUUUCAAUGCGGUGUUGAUACGCUGGCUAUCGACUCAGACGGCUCAUUCGCAUCCAGAAAUUCACUAUUCCACAGCAUGUUGAGAUUGUUGCUAGAAACGCCAUUUGGCGACCCUCAGGGCAUGAGGCAAUGGCUCAUCUCUAUGAAGAGCAAGUGCAUGCGCAUCCUCCGAGUGCUCUGGACUUCACCUCUAUCAGCUCCUCUCAUUAUUGACGAGCUCCGCGAGAACGACGUUCUGUUUCACUUCCUUCUGCGAGAAGUUGUAAUUCAACCUGCUCUACCUUGGGAGGGACAGGAGAGUAGUUUACCUCAUUUCCCCCUUACAGACGGUGCCCCGACGCUCAUCGAUUUUCUGGGUCUCCGCAGCAUGAGCUUAGAGUACAUCGCGAUGGAGCUUUGCAGCGUAUCACAGACCCGAAUGCCGUCCCUCAAAAGACGAAUCUUUGACGCUCUCAACGGCCAGAUAGUGGGUGACAACAACGAGCCCAUGACGAUCCCAACCGUGUUCGACCUCUACGACUUCUUGCUGCCUGAGGGCAUCUGGGACAUGUCGCUGCCAACCCUCCAGUUCUAUAAGGAGCUUGACCUCAGGAUAUGCCUGGAAGAGGAUGACCACGGAAACCCUAUCUAUCAUAUUGACCGCGCCAAGGAGAUUUUGCUUCUGAAGCGCAGUGAGAGAAAGGACGAAGGCGUAGUGUUGACGGCGGCGGACUACGUGGCCUUGGAACGAGAAGAGUCAGCUAUUGUCGACUAUCUAAUCUUCACGAACAGGCAAAAGCGCAUUGCCUCCCAAGGUCUGGGCGUUCUCAAAACCUGGACGAGUCUGCUUCUCGUCAUGGUUGAGUCAAAUGAGUUCAAGGGCACAACAGAGGCCUCGUUCUACCUUCAAGCACUACAGGCCAUCCUCCCCGGCUUAGAGGCGUCUGCGUCCGAGAAGCCUGUGGAGGCCAUGGAACUGGCCAAGCUGGCGAGAGUGCUCCUCUUUAAGCUCGACCUAACUUCAAAGCCUUCGCUUGACCGUGAGAGCCAAGCUAUCGGCAGCCUCGUCAGUGACAAGCUUUACCAACUAUUCCAGAUCUGCCUUCAGGCCAUUGGCAAGUGGGCGGGAUCGUCGGAUCUCCGCUCGGUCUACUACAGCAUCUGCUACCGCUAUUUGACCGGCAUGGUUGACCAGGGAAUCCUCGUGGCCGGCCGUCAGAAGACCAUCAAGACAAUCCAGAUCUAUGGCGAGAGACUUAUCAAUGUGAUUUGCGACGACGCAUACGGCAGCGAUGCAGCUUGCCAAACUGCCGCCUUCAUUCUUCUGAACGCCCUCGUUAACCUCGGACGCCAGGAGGAUGAUGCUCACAUCGUCGAAACCCUCAACCGUCUCAACUUUAUCGGCAUCCUCGUCGACUCGCUUCGCACCAUUUUGCAAGACUGGUCUGAGAUCGUCCGCACCGGCAAUUCGGCGCAGGAAACCUACAUCGCCGCCAAAUUCGCACUGCUUCUCCAGCUGGCGCAAACCAAACCUGGUGCCAAGUACAUCCUGCACGCGAAUCUUCUGCGCUCCAUCGAGGCGUCUGGCCUCUUCGCCGCGGAUCCGGAGUUGCAGAUUGACCCCACGAACCCCAAGGCGCUCGAGAAACACUAUGAGCUUCUCGCCAAGGUGACCCGUGUUGUCAGCGCUUCCAUCGUCAGCCGCGGUGACAGCAACAUCCUGCAGGGCCGCAAGUUCCUCACAGAGCACCGCAUGCUGGUGACGCACACCCUCAAGCGCAGCGCGGGCAUUGGCGCCGUGGAGGGUGAGGGAGUGCUGGAGGAGAGGAUCGAGGAGCUGGCCGAGGGUUUCAUGGUCCUGAUUGCAGCGACUGGCUUUUUGGAGUUUGAGAACGAAGUUAUGCCGGAGCCGAAGAGACAAGGCCCAACGCUCUUCACAUGA